GUAUGAACGCAUCGUUUCUAAAUGUAACGGUUGAAUUGUGUUUAACCACAAUAUCAUACCUACGAGAAUCGCCCUCGGAAGUCUAUACCUUAAACCUUAUCCUGACCUGCGUUGUGAAUGGAGUGUUAUCGAUUCUUGGUAGUUUGUUCAACGGUUUGGUGCUGAUUGCGUUUUGGAAAUCAAAUGUACUAAGAAGCAACACUCCGUUCUUUCUUAUAAUGCUUUUAUCGCUAAACGACUUCGCGGUAGUGGUUACAGUUCAUCCAUUGUUUUUGUACAACGCUAUUAAACAACUGCUGGGUAAUGGCGACUGCAUUGCAAAGGCAGUGUACCUGACAAUUGCAAAACUAUUAACAGGUUAUUCUGGGCUGACACUUCACGUAAUGAACAUCGAACGAUAUCUUUCCAUUGCACAUCCAUUCUGGUAUCAACGCCACGUAACCCCACGGGCUGUCUUGGUUGUUACGGUUAUUCUCUGGCUUAUGUGGACCCCGAUAACUUUCACCUCGUAUAUAAACGGUGACAUACACCGGAGGUUUCUGUCGAUAUGCGCAGCAAUCGUCUGUAUAACGAUCAUAUUUGUGUACGGUCGAAUUUUUCAAAUCGCCAGGAAGAAGAGACGAUCAGUGCCGGCGCCUUCCGUGAUAGAAGUUGAGAUCCCAACAGAAGCCAUGCCAGGGAUAGAAGUCGAUAAAUCAACACAAAGAACUCAAUGGAAUCGAAUGAGUGAGGUGAUAAAAGAUGUAAAACUAGCGAAGAUGUUUAUAAUUCUUGUGAUAUGCUCACAGGUUUGUUAUCUACCAAACGUAGCGUAUCAUGUGCACCUGGGGAUGAAGAGUUCUGAAGUGAAGACUGUUUCAUCACUGAUUCUAGGAAAUUGGAUUGUUACGUUUAUUUCUAUGAAUUCUACACUUAAUUCUUUGGUCUUUUUCUGGAAAAAUUCGCAACUACGGAAGGAAAUGCUACAGAUUAUUAAACCAUAGUGGAACAAGACAGUAACGACCGCCGGAACCGCUCAAAGACCGACGCAUGACACAGCUGAUAGACCCACUGCAUUAUCCCACGUUUAGUGACGUCAAUGAUGACAACAAACCAAAUAAGAAGGCAAUUUUAUGAUUAAUUUACUGAGCCCAAAAUGAACUGUGUUUAUUUAUGAUUUGCUCGCUGAGCAAAAGAUUCCCAUACGAUUGCAUGUCUUGUAUUGUUAGAACUGCCAAUGACGAGACAUCUUUCCGUAGGUGGUAGGCAUUUAAAAACUGAUCCUUGGUAUAUAGCCAAGUGGAUUUAUCUAAGAAUAUGAA